CACAGUAUGCUGUUGUAGUUCAUUUAGUGGCAACAUAGUAACAGGAUUCUUUUAUACAUUUUUUUUCCCCUCUCUCUCUCUCUCUCCCUCAUCAAGGGAUUUUUUUCCAGCAAAAAGGAUAUCACAGAAGAAUCACAGAAAAGAAGUGAAUCUCCUCUUCCUGGGAGGUGCAGAUCAAUGUGCUCCAGGGUCCAUAUCCCAGGGGUGACCCCCAUAGCCGCUGACGUCCUCUCUCUGCUCCUGUCCUCGGUGAGAUUUCAACUUUUCCCAGCAGUGGUCCGUGAUUUUCCGAAGCAUGAAACGUAGGCUGAAGUGGUACCAGGCUCCCCUGUAAUUAUGCCUGCUUUAAAGAAGCGAAAAGCUAGAGUGGAUCCUUUUCUUCAGAUGAAGUGAAAAAGUCCAGGACUUAUAGACCCUAUUCCCCUCUCUUUCUGUCCGUGGUCCUUUUCUUCUGCUGGUAAUGGAUGCUUUCAACAACACUACCUCUCCCCUCUACGCUUUAGAGAAGGGCAAUGGUGCAGAGUUCGAAGAGGUGGCUUUGAGCUAUCAGAUCAUCACUUCUCUCUUCCUGGGGACUCUGAUUCUCUGUGCAAUUUUUGGCAAUGCAUGUGUGGUGGCAGCCAUAGCACUUGAAAGGACUCUACAAACUGUGGCCAAUUAUCUCAUAGGCUCCCUGGCUGUCACUGACCUCAUGGUCUCCGUUCUGGUGUUACCUAUGGCAGCACUUUACCAAGUGUUGAACAAGUGGACUCUUGGCCAGGUAAUAUGUGAUAUAUUUAUUUCUUUAGACGUGUUGUGCUGUACCUCGUCCAUCCUUCACUUGUGUGCUAUAGCACUUGACAGAUACUGGGCCAUAACUGACCCCAUAGACUAUGUGAACAAGAGGACUCCUAGAAGGGCUGCCAUACUCAUAAGUCUGACCUGGAUAGUAGGGUUUUCCAUAUCAAUCCCACCCAUGUUGGGCUGGAGGACAAACGAAGACAGGUCAGACCCAGAUGCUUGUAAGAUUAGCAAGGACCCUGGAUACACUAUCUACUCAACGUUCGGAGCGUUCUAUAUCCCACUGAUUCUCAUGCUGGUGUUAUAUGGCAGGAUAUUCAAAGCAGCCAGGUUUAGGAUAAGAAAAACCGUGAAAAAGACAGAAAAAACGAAAGUGGCAGACACCUGUCUCUCGGUAUCCCCAGCAACCAUACAACGAAAAAGCAACGGGGAACCCAGUAAAAACUGGAAAAGGAGUGUGGAACCCAAGCCCAGCUCUUGUGUGAAUGGGGCAGUAAGGCAUGGGGAAGAUGGAGCUGCUCUGGAGGUUAUCGAGGUCCAACAUUGCACGAACUCCAAAAACCACCUGUCUCUGCCAAACCACUCAAGUGACAGCCAAACUCCCCCCUGCUUUGAGAAGAAGAACGAUAGGGGCACAGAUGCAAAAAGAAAAGUCGCUUUGGCCAGAGAGAGGAAAACUGUUAAGACCCUAGGCAUCAUCAUGGGGACUUUCAUUUUCUGCUGGCUACCAUUCUUCAUCGUAGCUCUGGUUUUGCCAUUUUGUGAAACAUGUCAUAUGCCCCACUUACUUUUCGAUAUCAUAAACUGGCUGGGUUACUCAAACUCUCUCCUGAACCCUAUCAUUUAUGCUUAUUUUAAUAAAGAUUUCCAAAGUGCUUUUAAGAAAAUUAUCAAGUGCAAAUUCUGUAGACCGUGAAGAAACUGCAAGAACAUCUGCCUGCCUCCUUAUUGUCACCAUGUAUAUUUUGACAUGCUUUGUGUCCUUUACAACAUGGAAAUAUCAUCAGAUUCAGGAUCGGCAACAAAAAGUUAAAUCCCCUGACUUGAGAACUCUAAGGGGUCCGGGUACAUUUACUGUGAAGAAAUUAUUUUUUAUUUUUUAUGGCUACCAUUUCUUAAUUAUGAUUAUUUCACAGCCAGUCUCAGCAACAUGGCCAGUGCAUUAUUGUAAUAUGUUUUUUGGUCUACUGAAACUCUGUCCAUGGACCAAGAGAUGUUGAAGUGUUGCUUGUUGUUCAGUCAUUUCUACUCACCAAGACAACACGGUAACAAUUCAACUGGCACAAGGCUGGCAUUAUGUAACCCUCGUCCCCCCCCCCCCCCCCUUUCCCUUCCACCCCCACCCUCUCCCAUCCACCCCCACUCCUGGUUUCAUUUUGGAAGAGUGAUGAGGUUUGCAGAUAUUUGCUAGCCAUGUCUGCAAAUCCCAUUGAACUCCCAUUUCAAUAGUAUUAUCAGAAUAAAACGUCCUAUGCAUAAACUCAAUCAUCUAUAAUUAUUACAAUAACGAAAAAAAAAAGAUUGUCUAAACUAAAAUAA